GCGGUGUUUGUGAUUGGUCGGGUCGUUGAACCCAGCCGGGCUGACGACAUUGCAGGCUGCUGGCCCGGGCUACUCUGCGGUUCCGGUUUGACUCUCAAGCCUCCCUGUCUGGUACCGGACCGGAAUUUCUAGAGUACACGCUGAGUCCUGUCCGCCCUGUCACGCCAGCUUAGAGACCGGGCACCGGGACCAUGUCCGGCCCCAGCUGUUCGUGCGCAGCCAGGAUCAUCAGCAGCACCCUGCAUAGAGGAGUUGCUUGCAGUCGGGGACAUCUAUUAGUUUUUAGAAGACCUGGAACUCUUGAGGCUCCUGUAAAGAGGAAGAUACCAUAUAGAGCCUUCUCUGAGACUACCGUGUAUUUUGCCUCUAAAGACGGCGCCAGCAAAGAUGGAUCAGGGGAUGGGAAGAAAACUGUGAGUGAAGGAGGCAGUAAGAAGUCCUCUGGCAGCUCAGGGAAAGGAGGAAAUCAGCUGCGAUGCCCGAAGUGUGGAGAUCUGUGCACCCAUGUAGAGACGUUUGUCUCCUCUACUCGUUUUGUGAAGUGUGAGAAAUGUCACCACUUCUUCGUUGUGCUGUCAGAGGCAGAUUCAAAGAAGUCUAUAAACAGAGAACCUGAGACUGCUGCUGAAGCUGUGAAACUAGCAUUUCAACAGAAACCACCACCACCACCUAAAAAGAUCUAUAACUACCUCGACAAAUAUGUGGUGGGCCAAUCAUUUGCAAAGAAAGUGCUUGCUGUUGCUGUGUACAAUCAUUACAAGCGGAUAUACAAUAACAUCCCAGUUAACAUAAGACAGCACGCUGAAGUGGAGAAGCAGACCUCUCUAACCCCUCGAGAGUUAGAGAUAAGAAGACGGGAAGAUGAGUACAGAUUUACAAAACUACUGCAGAUUGCUGGGAUCAGUCCACAUGGCAAUGCCUUGGGAGCAUCUAUGCAACAGCAAGUGAACCAACAAAUGCCACAGGAGAGGCGAGGAGGUGAUGUGCUGGACUUGAACAAUGAAGACAUCAAGCUAGAGAAAAGUAAUAUUCUGCUGCUUGGCCCAACUGGGUCUGGUAAAACCCUUCUUGCACAGACAUUGGCAAAAUGCCUGGAUGUCCCCUUUGCUAUCUGUGACUGCACCACCCUGACUCAAGCUGGAUAUGUGGGAGAGGACAUUGAGUCUGUAGUUGCUAAACUGCUUCAGGAUGCCAAUUACAAUGUGGAGAAAGCUCAGCAAGGAAUUGUAUUUUUGGAUGAGGUUGACAAGAUUGGUAGUGUCCCAGGCAUCCAUCAGCUGAGAGAUGUGGGUGGGGAAGGCGUGCAGCAGGGUUUGCUGAAGCUUCUUGAAGGCACUGUAGUUAAUGUCCCAGAGAAAAACUCAAGGAAGCUGCGUGGUGAAACCGUUCAAGUUGACACCACAAAUAUCCUCUUUGUAGCGUCUGGAGCUUUCAAUGGCCUGGACAGGAUCAUCAGUCGGAGAAAGAAUGAAAAGUAUUUGGGAUUUGGCAUUGCUUCGGAUAUUGGUAAAGGACGCAGGGCAGCUGCAGCAGCAGAUCUAGCAAAUGCCAGUCCUGAAUCAAAUGCAGUACAAGACAUUGAAGAGAAGGACCGUCUGCUGCGCCAUGUGGAAGCAAGGGACCUCAUUGAGUUUGGCAUGAUCCCAGAGUUUGUGGGUCGCCUACCUGUAGUGGUGCCUCUUCACAGCCUUGACGAGCAGACUCUUGUACGCAUCCUCACUGAGCCACGUAAUGCCGUUGUGCCGCAAUACCAGGCUCUGUUCAGCAUGGAUAAGUGCGAGUUAAAUGUCACUGAAGGUGCUCUGCGGGCCAUUGCUAGACUGGCUCUUGAACGAAAAACAGGUGCUAGAGGCCUUCGCUCAAUCAUGGAGAAGCUCCUUCUUGAGCCUAUGUUUGAAGUUCCAAACUCUGACAUAGUUUGUGUUGAGGUGGACCAGGAAGUGGUUGAAGGCAAAAAAGAGCCAAGUUAUGUCCGAACACAAAAUAAAGAGGCAACCGAGGAAGAGUAUGACUCUGGAGUGGAAGAGGAAGGCUGGUCCCGACAGGCUGAUGCAGCAAACAAUUAGACUGUGCCAGUUCUCUACUGUUCUCCUUCAGUGUUAAAAUUGCUUAUUCUUCUUUAGCAAAAAAACUAACACUCUUCACAAUGCUAAAUACAACUUUUAUUACCCGAAAAACUCCACUUUGGGAGAACAACCAGGAAACUCAUUUUAAGGAACUUCAGAUUUCUACUGUAGAGAGCAGUCUUUAUACAAGUCAGACAAUAACGGUGUAUAUUAUCCAGGGCUUUUAUAAGACAAGAAUCUUUUUGUUAACACUUCAUUUACUGGGAUUAGCCAUAAUUAAUUUUACAAUAAUGUUCAGUCAUGCAGGUGGGCACUCUACUGAAACAUGGUUGUUUGGGUUACACAGGGGUCUCUUGCAUCUCCCAAAUUCAUUUUCCAUUAGUGUUAUUUCUUGUCAGUUCAGAGACUUGUUUUUAUGUCCUUUUUUUUUUUUUUUAUGUCCUGGCUCUCCUAAACUGGAACCUUACAUGAAUACUUAAAGAUUUUAGUUCUCUUCUACACUAAUGGUAUAUUUUAUAUCUCCUAGGGAUAUGGUUACUAACUUGACCCCUUCCCUCACCUCAGUUGGCAUGGGUUCAUAUCAGGGGUGCUUUACAUGUGCCUGUCAUCUGUGCCUCUUCUGAGUCAUUGCAUGAUACGUUUGUAUGACCAUGCCUUCCUGCUCUCUAUACAGACGUUUGAUGGACCACGGAGGCAAUAUAACCUGCUGCAUUUGUGGUCUGUUUCUAAGUAUCCUAAAUCUGGCUGUAAUCUGCAAACCCUAGGUAGCCUGUCUAAUGAAACCCUUCUACAAAUUCUCCAUUUCCCAUAAGACAGUAUCUUCUAUAGUAAAGGGAUUGUUGGUUCCUUGUGCAAUCAUAUUUGAUUGAUUUUUGUAAUUAAUUUCCUGCUGGAAAUGUAUUAUGUCAUGCUGCAGACCCCACAGUAGUGGCAGGGUGUGGAUAUAAAAAGCUUUUAAGUUAUAGAGGAAUGCCUGUCUGCUGAAUUUGUUGUUUUUUUGUUUUUUCUCUUUUGAUUUUAGAAUUUCACAGAUACUGGCUAAAAUAAUGUUAUAAUAAUUCUGUAUAACAUUCACCUAAAUAAACGUCUUUAGCCAAAAUGUUUGUGACACUAAAGGACUUAAAUGUCUUCAAGUUUUGUAGUUCCUUUAAAGAAAUAAAAAACAUGGAUAAAAUCUUUA